AUGGCACCCAACCUCUUUCUCUGUCUUCGGACAGUCUUUUGCCCAACAUACUGGUUCCAACGGGGUGAGCGCAUCCAUGGCUCAAUCCAAAGAGAGGAACAUUGGGAAAGCCCCGUUCCUGGUAUCUACAGACACAUCCCAGGACAGGGCUGGCAUCUCGUCUGCCGCGACGGCAACGAUUACGAUGAAAAGGUGCCCAUCCCUCUUGUCUACUGCCGCAUCCUCCACCGAUACCUCUUCGAAUACGAGAUGGAGGAACGAUGCCGCUGGCGCUCAGUCUCUCUUCAUGAGGGCGCCAAACCAGAAAAGUUUCUAUUCUUUCUGCUUGACGAUGGCUACACCUGGGUUGCCGGGUGGGAUGCCAAGGGGACAUUUAUCCCAGGACCCUAUCAAAAAUGGCACUUUGACUCAGAAGCCAACGCGAUGCGCCGGGUUUCGAUGCCCGAGAGCUCCAAUGUUUCCCGAUGCAGCAGCAUUGUUCCAACCAAGCUGAAUUAG